CCUCCCGCGCCAAACUGACUGAUCUCCAGUCUGGAUGAUGGCACCACUAAACUUCCCAAAAACUCAGACAGUCUCCUCAAAGCUGAUGAACUGUUGACACAUUGCUGGCUUGUUAAUACUCUAAUGCAUCACAUCCUGCACACUGGAAGACUUCUACUGGGAAGUACCUACAAGACAGCCCGGCACAAGUGUUACUCUAGUUUGAAGAUGAUGCAGGCGGUGUGUGUUGACGUACCUGGAGGACCGGAGAAUUUACUGCUGCGAAGUGUCCCGAGACCUCAGCCUAAAGAUGGGGAAGUCCUGAUUAAAGUUCAUGCAACUGCACUCAACAGGGCAGACCUGCUGCAGAGGCGAGGACUCUACCCGCCUCCCCCAGGUGAGAGUGACAUCAUCGGCCUGGAGGUGGCUGGCACCGUGGAUACUCUGGGCCCAGGGGUGAAAAGAGGCUGGAAGCCUGAUGACAGGGUCAUGGCCUUGCUCUGUGGAGGAGGAUAUGCAGAAUAUGUUGCUGUGCCUGAGCAGCUCCUCAUGCACGUUCCCCCAAAUCUCACACUGUGUCAGGCAGCUGCCAUCCCAGAGGCCUGGCUCACUGCUUUUCAGCUGCUGGUUUUCGUAGCUCAGGUGAAGGAGGGUGAAGUGGUGCUGGCUCACGCUGGAGCCAGCGGGGUUGGAACAGCUGCCGUUCAGCUGGUUCGUCUGUUUGGUGCCGUGCCCGUCGUCACCGCGGGGAGCCCAGAAAAACUGAAGAUGGCAGAGAGUCUGGGAGCAGCAGCUGGGUUUAACUACAAAGAGGAGAGCUUCGCGAAGGGAGUUCAUGACUUUACAGGAGGCAAGGGAGCAAACGUCAUCCUUGACUGCGUCGGCGGGUCGAACUGGGAGCAGAAUGUGAGCUCUUUAGCCGUGGAUGGGAGGUGGGUGCUGUACGGCACCCUGGGAGGCCGAGCGGUGGAAGGAGAUCUGCUGGGGAAGCUGCUCUCCAAGCGAGGACACCUGCUCUGCAGCCUGCUGCGCUCUCGCAGCCUUCAGUACAAAGCAGACCUGGUGGAGGCUUUCUCACAGACAGUGUUGCCACAUUUCUCGGAGCAGGGAGCCUUCCUGACGCCGGUGAUUGACAGCACAUUCAACCUGGAGAGCAUCGCGGAGGCUCACAGACACAUGGAGGCCAACAAGAACACGGGGAAGAUUGUCGUUACUGUGACUCCACAGGAAACUCAGUAAUGUUAACAGAAAUGUGAUCUCAUAUGAUUUGUGUCAAGGAAUCUUGUGUUACAGUGUUAAAAACUGUUUGUCUGGUCGCACAGUGCUGUUACAUCUGAGGUGUUGCAAUAAUCACACAAUGUUUCUCAUCAGUACACACUUUUAUACACUUUAUGUUUCCUCCUCUAAUUAUUAUUCUUUCCUCUUUAGGAAUGUGACACUUUGUAUUUCACUGCGAAUAAAAAACUGAAGGACUGAA